CCUGUGCCGGCGCUAAGAUGGCGGCCAAGGGCUCGCACUCGCACGUGAAGCUGGAGGCGGAGAUCGAGCGGUGCCGCGCGGAGGGGCACUGGGGGCGGCUCCGCCACCUCGCGCAGCAGCUGCUGCCGCCGCGGCCCCCGCGCAAGGCCAAGGCGGCGAGGGGCGCGCAGGACGCGGAGGACCAUGGGAGUUUGCUGCUUGCAGAGGCUCUGCUGGAAGAAUGUUUAAAGGAAAAUUUUGCCAAACUAAAGGACUCCAUUCCGCUGUCGGAGAAGAGUGAGCCCAAACUGAGCGAAGCUAAACAGUAUCUGACCAAUAUCUUAAGCAGAGGGAAACUAAGACCGAAGUAUAUGACAGAAGCUAUGCUGAUCCUAGGAAAGCUUCAUUAUGUGGAGGGAUGCUACAGAGAUGCCAUCAGCAUGUAUGCAAAAGCAGGAAUUGAUGACCUUUCAACCAAAGAUGAGCCUCUGUACGUGCUGCGCUUGAUAACUGAAGCCUUUGUUAUUAAAGGUUUGUCACUGGAGCGCUCAACCAACUCAAUUGCCUCUCGUGCUCGACUGUGUGAAAGGGAGGAGGAAGUCACAGCUUGUUUUGAGAGAGCAUGUGUUAUUGCCCAGGUAUACUUGCAGGACCUUGAGAAGACCUUAAACAACACACAUUCAAGGAGUAUCAAGGGCAGUAAUGCGACUUACUCUGAGUUUGAACUUUCCUAUUUUCUGGAAGCAGCUCUACAGAGUGCCUAUGUGACUCAGUUAAAGAAAGGAAAUAUUGUGAAAGGAAUGAGGAGUCUGCGAGAAAUAUUACGGACUGUAGAAACAAAAGCUACUCAGACCUUCAAAAUGACUGCAGCCAAACAGUUAGCCCAAGUACUUCUCCAUUCCCUCAGUGAAGAUUGUUACUGGAGCCCUUUAUCUGAUCCACUUCCUGAGUUUAUGAACAAGGAAUAUCAGUCUUAUGUUAGCAAUCUUCUUUGUCGGAGGCCUGAGUUGUACUCAGAAGAGAAUGUCUACUGCCCUCAAGACAAUGUAGAAGAGGCUCUUCUCCUCCUCCUAAUCAGUGAAUCCAUGGCAAACCGGGAUGCAGUGAUCAGCCGAGCCCCAGAGCAGCAGGAUGACCGAGCCAUCAGCCUCCGGGAUGCUUCUGCAGUCUACGACCUCCUGAGCAUCACGCUGGGCAGAAGAGGGCAGUAUGUGAUGCUGUCUGAGUGCUUGGAGAGAGCCAUGAAGUUUGCAUUUGAUGAAUUUCACCUCUGGUACCAGCUUGCCCUGUCCAUGGUAGCUUGUGGAAAGUCAGCAUAUGCUGUGUCCGUGCUCAAAGAGUGCGCGAAACUGCGACCUACGGAUCCCACCGUCCCUCUUCUGGCUGCCAAGGUCUGCAUUGGGUCACUGCACUGGCUGGAAGAAGGAGAACACUUUGCUAAAAUGGUGAUAGACCUGGGUGAGGAUGCUGGAGAGUCCUUAGCAAAGGGUUACCUGGCACUGGGCCUGACAUACAGCCUUCAAGCUACUGAUGCUACUCUAAAGAGCACUCAGGAUGAAUUAAACAAGAAAGCACUUCAGACUUUGGAGAGAGCACAUGACCUGGCCCCUGAAGAUCACCAGAUCAUCCUCUACCUGUCACUGCAGCUGGCUCUUGUCAGACAGAUUUCAGAUGCUAUAGACCAUCUUCAAGAAGCCCUGCAGCUGUGCAAAGAUGACAUGAAUUCACUUCAUCUACUGGCCCUCCUCUUUUCAGCUCAGAAGCACUAUCAGCAUGCACUGGAUGUUAUCAACAUGGCUGUUGUUGAAUACCCAGAGAGCUUUAGCUUGCUCUUCACCAAAGUAAAACUGGAAUGGAUACAUAAAGGACCUGAAGAGGCUCUGGUGACAUGCAGACAUAUGUUGCAGAUGUGGCAGAUGGUAUACAAUGUUUUACAGCACAGUGGCUCUGAGAAAGGAAGUAGUGUGACUGAAACACCAGUAAUCAAGAAGCAUAAUGGACUGCAUCUCACUCUCCCAGAUGCUCAUGACACUGAUUCUGGAUCACAACGAGCCUCUUCCCUUGCUGCAUCAAGACUGGAGCAGGCCAUGUCUGAAAUAACUAUGCAGAGCAGCACAAUGAAGCAGGGACCUGUGAAGCUGUGGACAACUCUUGAACAAAUUUGGCUACAAGCUGCUGAACUCUUCCUGGAACAGCAGCAUCUCAAAGAAGCAGGCUUUUGUACCCAGGAGGCAGCUAGUCUUUUCCCCACAUCUCAUGCUGUACUGUACAUGCGUGGGAGGCUUGCAGAGAUGAAAGGCAAUUUGGAGGAGGCUAAGCAAUUGUAUGAUGAAGCACUCACAGUGAAUCCAGCUGGAGUGGAAAUUAUGCACAGCUUGGGCCUGGUGCUGAGCAGACUUGGGCGGAGGGAGCUGGCCCAGAAAGUGCUCAGAGAUGCCAUCCGCAUCCAGAGCACCAGCCACACCGCCUGGAACAGCCUUGGAGAGGUCCUGCAAGCUCAGGGGAGAAACGAAGCGGCCAUCGAAUGUUUCCUUACCGCCCUGGACCUGGAAUCCAGCAGCCCUGUCAUUCCCUUCACCGUCAUACCCAGGGAGCUCUGAAGCUUCUCCCUGCAGCUAAGCACUUUCAUUGCGUGCACAGACACCAAAACCAAGCAGAUAAAGAAAAAAGGAGCCCAGCAGAAAAGUGCCACCUAGAACUGGGCUAAGUAAUUCCAGGACGGGGCUCAGGUCUACAGGCUUAGCUUAGACAAGCCAAACUGUAGAAGAAUUUGCAACAGGCAGAAACAGAGAAUGCCUUUUUCUUCACAGGUGCCUGGCUAACCUCCUGUUCAAAUUAAUAGCAGGGCUUGUUUCAAAGUGCUGGUUCAAGGUGACUGUAGAAAGAUCGUGCUAGGGUACAGCUGUUCAAAGCACUUGCACCUUUCAGUGUUCAUUGAAAAUAAACCCCCCAAGCCCUGAAUUAAAGCCCAGACCUGCUCUAAAUAGGAGUAAACUCACCAACUAACUUGACCAAGUUGUGUUUAAGUAUGUGGCUGUCUCCCCACAGAUCUGACAGGACAAGGAUGACAGUUGCACCAAAUAGACAUGCAAUACAUGUUGUUUACAAAAUAUUUCAUCUAUUUUGAUUAUCCUUUUUCCUGCCUUGCUUUUAUAUACUGUAUAUGCUCACUAUAUUUAGUGUAGCACUUGCCUAGAACAAUUUUAAAUUAAAUUUUCAUUUAAAUUAAAAAUACUAUUUUAAAAAUAAAGCUGCUAUUGCAGUAUAAUUCACAAAACAUAAAGACCAAAGACCAAAUCAGUUCACACUUGAACUAGUAUUAAAAACACAUAAAUAUCUCCACUUACGUAUUUAUUUAAAGGCCUUACAUGAAGUAACUAAUUAUAAGCUCUGAGCUUCAUUCUUAUUAAUCACCUAUGGCAUCAGUUUAGUGAGGAAUAUAGUGUUGACCAGUGUAUAGUGACUGAACUCUGUGCUUUACCACAUUACUACUCGUGGCACAAAACAUUUUCAUACCCAGCUUUUGAUGAUGCAGAAGGAGGCAGCGGUCUUUUAAGGGAAAGUGUGCUGAACACAGUAUGGGUGUAUAUGAAUUUCUUCUUCCUUAAAACUAAAUCUUUGGAUUGUCCAUAGAAAUUUCACAUUAGAGGUACGGAGCUGAGCCUUCAGUGGCAUCAUUUUGUGUCUCCUAUCAGAUGUAGGAGUGAGGAGGUUCUGAUGCACACAGCCUCCCUGUGCUGGCACGGCCAGGGAGGGGACGCAGCUGGCACAGCCCCUGCUGAGCUGCUCCUUGGCUCUUUGUGACCUCCCCAGGGCCUUGGCAGCGAGGUGAGGCUAGACUGUGCUGUCACACGAGAGCCAGCCCUGUGCAGACCAGUCCCAAGGUAAAGAUGAUGCAGCAAUUUGCUGCACUUUUCUACCAAAAAAAAAAAGGUUGGGGCUUUGUGCCCAUUUUUGUCCAAAGAUUUGCGACUAUUUCAUAAGUAGGUUUGCACUAAAGCACACAUUGUACUAUAAUUCUGUCCAGUAUUGUGAUCCACAACUAGUUCACUCUGGAAAUAAUAAUAUCCUCAGGCAAUAAAUAAGAUAGGGUUGUUUCUUACGGAGCCUGAGGCUCUGGCAGCAGACUUGAAGUCAGCGUUGUUUACAGUUAUUUGGAAAUCUGCAGGCUAAUGGAGAGCUGGGCCCUUGUGCUGCUCCCAGCCCACACCAUCAGAGAACUCCCAUCCCCAGCCUUCCCUCUGCACCAAGGGAAGCACACUGCUCUCAGGUUCCUCACAGCAGCCUGGUGCACUCAGGCCAGUAUUUUUAUUUUUUUCCCCUUAAAUGAUGCAGAUGCAAUUGCCCAGUUUAUUUAUCUGUUCACUGAGGGAUUCCAGAUCUGAUCUAGGCUGAUUUCACUCCAUGUGAAAGCAGCCCAGCCAUGAAAGGUGCUCAACCCAUGAGUCCUUUGGCUUUCCAGUGCCGCACAGGCACCCGAAAGGACUUUCUUAGGCCAGGGGCAGGUUUCCAGGGAGACUGUGUUCCCCAGCCACAUUCCUUGUUUGCAAUAGCACCAGCAGCAGAGGCAGGAGUAGGUGUUAAAGUACCCGAAUUAAAGGAGUUUCAUGAAGACAAAACGAUGCAGCCGAGACACGUUUUGCUGCGAAGGAUGCUCUGGAGUCAGCUCGCUCUGCACUGCAGGGGGGAGAGAGGGACGGGGAGGGGAGAGAUGCUGUUGUUGACAUAAUAUGUAAAUUGUUACCCAGGUGUUUUAAGCCCUGUUUCACAGUCAGAUGCAAUCUGACAAUAGACUUAAGCAGAGAUAUAUAUGGAUAGAUAUUAUCUUCUGGUGUUUGUUCUGCUCCAUGGUUCCCAGGGUGGGAGCAGAGCUUCUGUGCGAGACACAGAGCAAGAGUCGUCAGCGCUCUGCUCUGCGAUGUAUAUUUGCAAAGCACUGCCAUAGCAACUUCUGUGUACUGGGCAGCUAUUUCAGCACAAGCUCAGCAUCCACCUCUGCCACCGAGGAGCUGCUUUAAGAGGUCUGUAACGUAGCUGGUCUGUGACCUGGCAGGAGGGUGCCUGUUUCCCAGCAGCAGCUGAAAAGCAAACACUCACAGAUCCAUUUGCUUUUGCAGGCGUAGCUUGCAAACAGCCACCAGCCCAUCACAUUUGUUGUGAUCAGGAAAACUUCAUCCUGAUGAUAAUCAGACUUGCCACAGCGUUCAUCUUCCUGGAAGAGGGGCAAAUGUUCUUGAAUAGUUUGAGUGCAUCAACAAGUGAGAUGUUGCCAGGGUGGUCCCAUCUUGGAUGCAUUAAUGAGCAUUGCUGGCAUUGGAAUCUCAGUCCUAAGAGCCUCUGCUCCAUGUGUGGCAGGGAAGAUGUAUGUGAGUAAAGGCCAUCAUCAACAGGAAUCAGAGGGCUGUGGUACCCUCUACCAGCUCACCACACCACAGCCCCCGCGACAAUUGCAGAUGAAGUACUUUGCCUACAUUCUGCACUCAAUCCUGAGAUUUCCUGCAUGCUUCUCAGAGAUGCAAAGCACCUCUUGGCUGGAAGAGUAUUGUAUUGGCUUGAAAUGCUCUGUACAAUGUGGGAAAGAGAAUGGUUGUUGCAAAUUUACAAGUACUUCGGGGUAAAUCCUCCAGCUGUAUUUGUUAAUCAUGCUCAUCAAAACAGCAGACUUCCCAAACUUACAUGCUUCCUCUCUCACUCAGCAUGGAUUUUGUUCACACUUCCAGAUACAGAAAAACAAAGACAACUGCUUCAGAAAAACCUAUGUAUUGUAGUAUUUAUUUAGAUAGCAAUGUUGAUGAAUCUGAUAGACUUCCCUGAGCUCAGUAAUAUGCGUGGCAGGGAGCAUGGCAUGCUUAAUGCUCAGGGUUUGAGAUUUAAGAACAGAAGAUUUACAUCCCAUCUCUCAUAUGAUUAUUAGAGAUCUUAAGUAAUGGAAGUUUGGGGACCAAUAACUUUGGGGAACCCAUUCUGCAAGUUUUUAGCACUGACUUUAGUCUUAACAGAGUUUUGUCAUUCAUUCAUUUUGAAAGAGGACUAUAAAAAGCCCACAUCAUUGCCUAAA